UCCUAUCCUCUUUUCCACGUUAAAUAGGGUGAAGAAACCCCCCCUCCCUACAACCCUCUGAGACUCUGAGUUGUGUUAAUCGCCUUCUCUUCUCUGCUAAUCUCUUCUCGCUCUCGCGUUUCAAGUUUUUCUGGGUUUAUCCAUCGUCAUGGCUUCUUCUUCAUCAGCUCUUCUGUCAUCGUUGUUGGUGCUCUUCUCGAUUCUUCUCUUCGGAUUCACCGAAGCCAGAGACAUCUUGGUUGGAGGCAACGCGAACGCAUGGAAAAUCCCAUCCAAUGAAAGCGCGUCCUUAAGUCUGUGGGCUGCAGCUACUCGUUUCAGAAUUGGAGACUCUCUCGUUUGGAAGUACGACCCCAAGAAGGACUCGGUUCUGCAAGUGACGAAGGAGGCGUACACAGCUUGCAAUACGUCGAACCCGAUCGCUGCCUACAAGGAUGGGAACACCAAGGUUGAGCUCGACCGGUCGGGGCCGUUCUACUUCAUCAGCGGAACUGAGGAUAACUGCCAGAAGGGAGAGAAGAUGACCGUGGUCGUGCUGUCGCCGAGACACCAUGGGUCUGGCUCGUCUGCUCCGGCUCCUGCUCCGGCGGUGGCACAAGAGGGACCGGCGUUGGCUCCGACUAGCGGUGUGCAUGGCUUGAGGAGUGGUUUCAGUUUGGUUCUUUUAGGGAGUUUGGUGGGGAUGAUGUUGUUAUGAGCAACAUAAAUGGAAAAAUUUGAUAGCGUUUUCUUAUCUUUGGGAUUCUUAUAAUACAAUACAGAUAGAUAAGAAUGUAGUAGCUAGCAUGGAAAUCUGAACUUUAUUCUGUAAUGGGAUUUGCUUUGUGUAAUGGUGAACCUCUCCCUCUCUCUCA